CCAGGAGCCCCCAGUACAACCCCCAGCCAGGAGCCCCCAGCCCAGCCAGGAACCCCAGUACAGCUCCCAGCCAGGAGCCCCCAGCCCCCAGCCAGGAGCCCCCAGUACAGCUCCCAGCCCGGAGCCCCCAGCCCCCAGCCAGGAGCCCCCAGCCCCCAGCCCGGAGCCCCCAGCCAGGAGCUCCCAGAGCCCCCAGCACAGCCCCUAGCCAGGAGCCCCCAGCCAGGAGCCCCAAGUACAGCCCCUAGCCAGGAGCCCCCAGCCAGGAGCCCCCAGCCAGGAGCCCCCAGUACAGCUCCCAGCCAGGAGCCCCCAGCCCCCAGCCAGGAGCCCCCACUACUGCCCCCAGCCAAGAGCCUCCAGCACAGCCCCCAGCCAGGAGCUCCCAGUACAGACCCCAGCCCUCAGCACAGACCCAGGCAGGAGCCCCCAGCACAGCCACCAGCCAAGAGCCCCCAGCACAGCACCCAGGCAGGAGCACCCAGCAUAGCCCCCAUACUGGAGAGAGCCCAGCACAACACACAAAGAGCAGACGGUGCCAGCAGCAUGCCAGAGCCGGCCAGGAACCCAGAACAAGGUCAAGAACUUCCUGCCCCCAACUCCACCCCAGCCGCAGAAGCAGUGCCCGAUGUUGGAGAGGGGGCCCCUGGCACAGAGAGGGCCCCAAGUGAUGGCAUCACUGCACUGGAUGCCAACAGCUUGUUCCUGGAGAAGCCUCAGUCUGCAACAAUGAACGUGGGGGAGGACAUCACAUUCACGGUGAGGACUCAGGGCACCAACAUCCUGAAGAAGCCGACCGUGCGCUGGUUCAAGGGCAAGUGGCUGGACCUGGCCAGCAAGAGCGGCAAAAACCUACAGCUCAGAGAGACAUACGACCGCAACAGCAAGAUCUUCACCUUCGAGAUGCAGAUUAUUUCAGCUAAAAUCAACUACACCGGCAGCUACCGCUGUCAGCUUACAAACCGGGACAUGAUUGACAGCUGUAACUUCCAGCUGACUGUACUGGAAGUGCCGUUGGUGGAGGAUGUGGAUAUUCUGUCCCAGUUCAGACGCAGGUGA